AUGAAGAAAGCAGAGCUGGUGUUUGUCCCUUCCCCAGGCAUGGGCCACCUUGUCUCAAUGGUGGAGUUAGCAAAACUCCUUGUACACCAUGAUGACAGAGUUUCCAUCACCGUUAUCAUCAUCAGGCUAGCUUUGGACACCAAAAUCAGCGAGUACACUGAGUCACUCACUGCCUCUACCAUAUCCACUCGUAUCCAAUUCAUUGACCUACCUAGUGAUCAAACCAACACGUCAAAUGACCAUCCCUCCAAGUUUGUCACUUCCUUGAUUGAAAGCCAGAAGCCCCAUGUCAAAGAAUUUGUUUCCGACCUCAUAACUCAGUCCGAGUUAAACCCUAAGGCCCCUCGACUUGCAGGGUUUGUUCUCGACAUGUUCUGCACAGGAAUGAUUGAUGUGGCCAAUGAAUUUGGUGUCCCUUCUUAUCUCUACUUCACAUCAAGUGCUGCUUUUCUUGGUUUCCAGUUUCACAUGCAAGCUCUUCAUGAUAAACAGGAAGUGGAUCUCACAGAGUUAAAGGACAUGGAUACUGAGUUCGAAACUCCAAGCCUGGUGAACCCACUUCCUGUUAAGGUUUUCCCUUCCGUCAUGCUUAGCAAGGACGCGCUUCCUGUUGUUCUUUACCAUGUCAGAAGGUUUAGAGAAGCUAAGGGUAUUAUUGUCAAUACAUUUGAAGAGUUGGAAUCCCAUGCGGUCAAGUGUCUUUCCAAUGGUGAAACUCCUACCGUUUAUCCAGUGGGACCCAUUUUGAAACUCAAGGGUGAAGCCCAUGAUGUGGGGUCGGAUGGAAGCAAGAAUUACAAGGAAGAUAUCAUGUUAUGGCUUGAUGAUCAAACUCCAUCCUCGGUAGUAUUCCUCUGCUUCGGGAGCAUGGGAAGUUUCGAUGUGGAUCAAGUGAGAGAGAUUGCAUGGGCGCUAGAAAAUAGUGGACGUCCAUUCUUGUGGUCUCUGCGCAAACCUCCAUCAGAGGAUAAGAUUGAUUUCCCAGUUGAUCAUUUAUACCUACGAGAAGUCUUGCCUGAUGGGUUCUUAGAUCGAACGGCUAAGAUUGGAAAGGUGAUUGGAUGGGCUCCACAAGUAGAUGUCCUGGCUCAUCCAUCCGUCGGAGGAUUCGUAUCACAUUGUGGAUGGAAUUCUAUACUAGAGAGUGUAUGGUUUCGUAUUCCACUUGCUACGUGGCCGAUGUACGCAGAACAACAAUUUAAUGCUUUUCAAGUGGUGAUUGAGUUGGGAUUAGCGGUGGAAAUCAAAAUGGAUUAUAGAAAAGAGUUUUUGAUUGACGAUGAAAUGAUUUUGGAUGCUAAGGAAAUUGAGAGAGGAAUAAAAAGGGUUAUGGAGCUUGAUGACAAUCGGUUGAACAAGUUGAAAAUAAUGAGUGAAAAUAGUAGAGGAGCUUUGAUGAAUGGUGGAUCUUCGUACUCAUUUUUGGGUAAUUUGAUUAAAGAUAUGAUGAUUGAUGGAGAUUAUAUACAUGUGCCAUGA